GUUGCAUGUCUUUUAACGGCAACCAGGUUAUUAGCAUCACUGAUGUUUAGCUCGGUUCUAAGUUUAAUAUCAAGAGGGGUUUUUAAGUCAAAUCUGUUUAGUUGAUAAAGCAUAUACACAGAUCAGAAAACGCCCCUAAUAAAACCGUAAAUAUGUUCAGUCUUGUUGAAGCGUAAUCACUUAACAUGUACGUUUCUGUGACUCACUGUGGAGUUUUAAUAGCUCUCCUUCGUCGUUAAGAAAUACAUUCUUCCCCGUUUCUGAUUGGUUGAACCGAAUAGAAACUUUAUUUUCGAUUUUUCUGCGAUGUGGUGCAUCAUAUUUCUUCCAAAUUUCAGCAACAGGGUUUAACCUGUUAAACAGUUAUUUAAGGUGGCAAAACCACGUCUAAACUCUUAGGAGACGGAUUGCAAGGAUGUCCAGUCAAACAAAAACCUCCGCCCAGUUGGAUUGCUAAGACUUCUGAUGUUUACAAGAACCAUUACUUCACCAAUUACUGCACAAAUUUAAAAAUGCUAAUGAUUCUUCGGCCCAAAAAAAAGCGUACUGGUAUAAAUAUGAUUAAUAACGAGAGAUUAAGUUAAAUUUUAAUAAAGAAAGCUUAAUAGUUCUACUUAGUGGGGAUACUUUCUUUCCUUUCAUUUUGUUGGAGUGAAACCCAUUUUAAACAAAUAUAAUAUUUUUUACGCGAACAAUGGUCAUGUUUUAUCAGCAUAUAUUAGCAGCCUUGCUGAUUAUCGAAUGUGUUGGAACGAUAUUCAUAGAAAGAAAAUUAUACGGAGAUGUCAUAACAAAUGUAAGUAAAGAUGAAUGUAAGAUAAGUGAAAACACAGAAUGGGAAAAAGAUAUAUGUACAUGUGGAAGAGGAUAUGAAACAGCAAUUGUUGUGGAGAAUAAGGUGAAAUGUAAAAACAGAAGUGAAAUUUUAAAAUCAUAUGGUUCCUCACGCUGUACCAUAUAUGGCCAUAAUACAGAUAAAACCAUGAUUGUUGUUGCUCGUUAUGAUGGUGUUUUUAUUCUAAACAAGAAACAGAAAAUAUUAGAAAAGUGUCCAGGGAAACACGGUACCAAAAUUGAAUUAUUAUAUCCGCAAAAACAAGUCAUUUCUAUCAACUGGAGUUUUCAUUCUUCAAACGAUUAUCCGUACGUGAAGUUAAAAUUGGGAACGGCCAAAUACGCUGGUUACUUAAUCAGAAUAAACAAUAUCUGCAACGGAAUUUGCAUUGUAGCAAAAGUUACUGGAAGAGCUUACACUUUGUCAAGAAACUAUCCAUCCACCAAAGCUGUCACGCAGUCUCCGUAUAACUCCAUUAACUUGAGUAAUGAAAUGCUGUUACUCAGUACUUUUCCAGAUGUAAUUAUUUUCAUCAUUCUUUCAAUUAUGAUUGUUUUCAUAACAAGAUUGCAUCAGAGAGCAAAGAAAAAGAAAAACAUAUUACAACCGGUAGGGAUAAUAAAUGCAGAAUCAGGAUAUGCGGAAUUGCAAAUAUAGCAAGAGAUACGGAUAAACAAGAAGGAAUUACAAAAGUAACAAAUGUUUGAAGAAAAAUAUUAGUUAAAAAAAAUAUGAAAUUUAUUAUCUUCUGAUUACCAUAAAAGAAAUUGUUGUGUAUAUGUUGAAUAAAAUAUUGCUUUGUAUUUGUGACGAGGUUAUUGUUCCCGUAACACUAUUCUUUAAAGUUCCAUAAAGUAUCACGUUCUCUACUUGUAUCGA